AGAACUGUAUAGCACACAGCUCUUCAGUCACUGGGCUACUAAGUAGAUGAGUCAGUAGAACUGUAUAGCACACAGCUCUUCAGUCAAGAACAUGUUCCUCUCAACAUUGACAGGGAGUGCCUUCCUGAGUACGGAGAAGGAGCCAUGUCUUAGAGUUGAGGAUAGGGGAAGGGUAGGCCAGGGUGAGAGGCGUGUGUGUGUGUGUUUGUGUGUGUGUGUCGUGUAACCAGGUGGAGCAACACUAAGCCACUUCCUGUACACUAAGACGAGGAGCCGCCAGCGAGUCGACACAUCACUCAGCCUCAAGCUGCACCCCAACACAGAGAGAGACAGGAGAACGAGAAGUUACCCAUAAAACCCAGCUUUGGAGGCCCAUCAUCCCCCAAGGCCCAGGAAGACAGAAGAGAGGACGGCAGAGAGGAGUGUGGCACGGUUUCUAAGAGAAGGGGCUCGACCGCACCCAUCCAGAGAGGAGCGAUGGACCCUCGGAAGAGGACGGGAGGCCUGCUGGUCCUGUCUACUGCACUACCCUAUGCCGAGGCGGUGACCCCGCUGUACGACCCUAAACUCUGCUACAUCCUGGACGGCUUCCUCCUGCUCUACGGCCUCAUCAUCACUGGACUGUUGCUCAAAGAGAAAUUCUUCAAGUCCAAGGGCAAAAUAUUGAAGGAUGACGAAAUCUACACUGAUCUGAAACCUACGGGUGGGGACGGUUAUGGACGAAUAAACAGAAGAGAUCCAGAGAGUGGAAUGACACGCGAUAAACGCAUGAAUAAUGACGACACUUACACGUCCCUUAAAAAACCAACAGACGACACGUACAGGGAGAUCGCUGUGAAGGACAAGCAGCGCCGCAGAAACAAGAACGAACAGGUGUACCAGGGUUUGAGUACCGCCACCAAGGAUACCUAUGACUCGCUCCAGAUGCAGCCUCUCCCUCCUCCUCGCUAACAGAAACAUCAUGGAGGAUCACGCCUCGUCCAUCAGUCACUCCUGUUUACCUACCACUUUCUAUCGGCAAUGAGUAUACUGUUACAGCAUUGUUACAUAUCCCUCCCCUCAUACCAUUUUGAACAGGUCAAUAAUUAGUUAUUCACCCACCAACAUCUACUAAUCACUGAUAUCUAGAACAGUCCUUGUUGUGUAAAAAGUAUGUUUGCAGUUGUUGUGUUCUCCCUUUUUUGUCUUUGUGAGGCUUUUUGUUGGAAAACCUGGACACUUUUGCACCAGUAACCAUUUCAUAACUGUCUUAAUAUAUAAACUUGAUUCUAUUUUAUCACUAUUUUAUGAUGACUGUAGCGCUAGUCUCCGCUACUCCCCAUACACCCCCAGUCUGUAACCUUUGACCUUGUACCCCAUUCUAUAAUAAAGCCAUCUUAU